UAACCUGUAUAUCCCCCCCCCCCCUCACAGGAGCACCUCCCCGACCGCGAGGGGGCGGCCUACGCGGGCUACGGCGGCGUGUACGUGCACGACUACGGCGGCGCGAUGAUGCAGAAGGAGCAGAGCCUGAUGCAGCAGCGGCGCGCCAGCAGGACGAGCCUUCAGGGGCAGCGGCCGGCGGGCCUCGAGUACGGGCCGCCCCUGGAGGAUGCGCCGCCGCCGCCCCUGAUGGACUACGGCGCCGCGCCCGUGCUGGAGUCGCCGGCGCUGGCCCUGGAGAGCGCCCCUCCGGAGGCCUGCCUGGACAUGUACCCCUACAGACGGACCAGCCUCAGGCAAGCCAACAGCGACAAGUACAGCCAAGUGCCUCGUAACCUGUACACACCAUUAAAUAAUGAAGAUAUUGGAGAAAAGACUUCAUCUUUUGUGGGCAAGAAAAAUAGUGACAUCAAGAUAAUCAACAACACGGCCACGUAUCAGACGCUGAGCGAAAAGAACAGCAACGCGCUGGCCAACAUCGCGGCGGGUUACAACAUAUCAGGCGACGGCCCCGGCGGCUACCGGGCCUCGCAGAUGCAGCAAGCCUGCCGCUCCGCCAGCUUCCGGCGCGCGAGCGAGCCGCCGCGGCCCGUGGGGCGCGGGUCCCUGCACGCCCGCAACAGGUCAUGCGACGACCUGGCCUGCUCCUGCUGCGACGUCCCGCCGGGCCCGGAGUUCCUGCCUGACCCGGUGUCGUGCGCCUCGGACGCCGCCACCGACAGCGACGUCGACAACCGCGACGUGGGCAGCGGCGGCCGCGGCCGCUGGGAGUCGGCCGACGAGCGCGAGGGCACCAGGACGAUAUCGCGGGCGCACUUGCGGCGCGACAGCUUCGGCGAGGUCGUGUCGAGACGCUCGCCCAGCCAGGACAGCCUGGAGCAGAUACGGACGCGCUCGCCCACGAUCAUGCUGGACGACCCGACGCCGCCGCCGCCGCCCGUGCACGACUCCUACGGCCGGAGGUCCCCGAGCCAGGACAGCUACAGCUACACGGCGUCGUCGCGGAGGUCCGGCAGCCAGGACAGUCUGGACCAGCAGGAGUCCCGGGGGCGCGUGGCCAGCCAGGAGAGCCUGGGCACCAUGAGCAGCCGCGGGUCGGUGUCCGGCAGCAUCUACAGCGUGACCUCCGCCCGCAGCGACGCGCAGGUGUCCAGAUGCUCCAGCAAGGAGACGGUGAGGAACCACGCGCCGCUCAUCCAGCCGGCGAGGACCCACGCCCACGCACACCCUCGCUCCGCCUUCAUGAACGGUGAGAUGAGUGAGUCUGCUGCUUCCUCUGACGACCUUGCCCAUCCUCAGAACCUGGAAGUGUACCGAGAGCCGACGAGCCUCCACCGCACCAUCAGCGAGCCGUAUUACAACUUCGACGACGACGAGCCGGAGACUCUGAGCCAGCAGCAGGCGCAGCAGCAGCAGCUCCUUCAGCAGCAGCAGCUCCUCCGCAGCGGCCGCACGCGGAUGCCCCCCGUGAGAACGCCGUCGUAUGACAACGCGUACGACAGCACGUACGACACGUCGUCCCUGGGCGGCUACAGCACGCAGUCGCUCCGCGGGCGCUCGCACUCCAUCGCGCGGCCGCACCGGGGCGCCACCACCUCCACCGUGGCCGCCGCCAUCUCCGCCGCCCGCAGGAACGCUUCCGACAACGCCCUGGACCACGAUACGUCCAUACUGCCAAUCUUCCAAAAGCUCCUGAGCGAGCGGCAGCGAGGAUACCACGGCGGCGGCCGGGAUUUCACUAUGUCAUCAUGCCCCAACAUAACAAUUAAGUGUGAUAUUGUCGAAUACCUCUGAUCCCCUCAUCUGAACGCCCGGCAUCUGCACCUCGUACGGCCAUUCAUCACCUCCACCGACCUCAUCACCCUCAUCACCUUCACGGAUUUCAUGAACGAUGCUACUGUUGCUCUCUCCUCCCUUGUUGAAGUCGUUGCAGCUCCCACUCUCCAUUCUUCCACCGCCAGGAUUGCCGACACCGUACGCUCCCAACGCGCUCACCGUAAGCAAUACACUCUGCUUGGUAUGAACAAACUUCGUUGCCAUAUACUUGUCUCAUCAGUGUAAACAGCGUAAACGACUUUUAAAAGCUUCUCUCUAACAAAGAAGAUCCGUAUACCCUGCAGAACAACAACGCUAUCCAGACACAUGUAUAUUCCAAAGGAACGCAUUUAAACUCACACAAUAGCAGCAUAGCAUUCCAUAUUGCCAACACCGUUGGUUCUCUGUGGCAACGUAACACUGUUUUUUAUCAACAACACUUUCGCAAAAAGAGACCUAUUCAACAACACUUUCACAAAGAAGAGACCUAUAUAGUAACUCUCGUUAUCAUCAACCUGUUACCUCCAAAGGUAUUGUUAUUUUCACUCUUAAGAGCAAUACACUUCAUAUCACCCUUGGCAUCAUCACGACAAUCACUUCUCACUUCACCUGCGCCAGACACGAUGACCAACAACAGCACCCUUAGUAAACUGUUUAUAACCUCGAAGAAAAUAUAUCCUUUUCCACCUCCCAUAUCUUCACGCGUGUAUCAUCAUCGCCAUAGUUGCACGGUCACCUCCUUCUGCACAACCUUUUCAACGCAAACUCCAUAUGGACGAUAAGGUAUUUAAUUAUUUCUACCUCGUUGUUUGAUUCCUUAUUGCGGUUACAAUCAAUUCUCGAUCCAUCAUGCCUGGGAUGUGUGACACUCCCCCACGAUCUUUUCAGUGUUUUGUAUAUUCUUUCCUCUCCUUUCAUCUUGUUAUUGCCAUUUAUAAUUGUCUUCCUGCUUCUUAUCACUAUUAGAUCUACUUUCCAUAUCUUUUAUCAUGAGUAAACAGUCUUAUAAAAAUACAUUUCACGCUCUAUGUUCCGCCUCCUUUCCUCUGCAUUCACUCCCUGUUCAACUCUGUGCCCCAAACCUUACUAUAUUUUACAAUGGACGUUUGUGUUUUGAGAAGUUUUCUAAUUGUUGUAGACCAAAUCGUUGGUAUCCCAUGUGAAAAAUGUGACACGUUAUUGUUAUAUGUAUUUGCAUCAGGAUAAACAGUUCGCGAGUCAGACAAGAGGCCCAAGGAAAAGCUGUACUGAAUUAUGGAAACUAGAGUGGAAAAGACCCCUAUAUGUUUAAUGAAGAUGUUUCAUCAUCGACAAACGACGUUGGGCUAAACUGGUGUAGUCAUGUAUAUACUGCAUUUAUAAUAGAUUUCUGUAGUAGACAAAUUCUAUACUAUUAGCCAAGAUAUGAAAUAGAUAUUUUCAUACAGCGUGCUCACUCCAAGUCCUACUUCCUCUUGAUGAUUUCAAUAGUUGUAAUGUUGGCUAUUUUUCGAUACUUGUGAUAAUUAUGGUGCUGUGUGGCCACCAAUUUGUAACCCUGCAGAAAAUCCAUUAUUUAGUCCAAGAAUCAAAAUCUGUUUGGUCAGUAUUCUGCGUGGUUUGUGAUCCCCUGAACUCCCUUAGCCCCGAGACUGCUGCGUCAGCGUGCUGGGAGAGUCCACUCAUUGAGGCCACGGGAGGCUUUCUCACACCUUGAGACUCCCGUGAUCAGCUGUUUUUAAAGUUCGCAUUUCCAAGCAAGACUAUUAAGUGGGUAUUCUUGUACCUCUGAGAUAUACUUUUCUAUCAAAGUUGCAUCGCUUGUGGUCUUGCAGUCGUUUCUUUACCUUUUAUCUUUCAUUUUUUAUUCAUUUAUAUUUUCUUUCUAAGCCAAAAUCACAAAAAGUCCUCCAACUGCAUCAGAUUCUCGUCUCUCUCCACACCGACGCCUCCCAGCACCGCCGGCCACACUCCCUCCUCCUCCCGAAGUACACUGCCCGUUCCCCAGCCCUCGCCCGGUCCCCGGUUCUUCCCCCGGAGCCCUGCCCGUCUGGCCCACCGAAGGCGAGCCGCGUUGGCCCGAGCCAGCCGCGCCUGCCGCAGCGGUGGCCCCCUUGCGGAAACAUGAGCCCUUUCUGAGAGGUCGGUUGCGGCAAUUUGCAACGGGAGAUCGGCGACAGCUCUCCUCUGUCAUUGGCAUUCUGUCUCUCAAACGCGAGUUAUUCUAUGUGGAUCAAGUAACUUUUUAUAUGGAAUAGAUGUUCCACAAGAUUUGUUCUACUCUUGUUAAUCACAAAUUGCCAUUAUUGUUUUUCUCUGAAAUCAGACAUGUCUGACGAACGCUUAGAUUGACCCCCUAGCCUCCUCCUGAAGCAAGGCCUCUCCAGUUGCAAUUCCCUGCUGCCGCCAGACUGGUCGGGACCAAACAUCCAGAGGAACAGCCUCGUCCUCUAAUUUUACGAGAAACGUAAUCUGUGAAAGAAUAGAAGAAUUUAAGUAGCUUGGAUCCAUAUUCGAGGGAAAAAUGAAAGAAAUGUCAAUAUUACCAAAUUUUAUACCACUAGAACCUAACGAAAUACACACCAAAAGAGAUACAUAAAUAUAUAUAUAUAUAUAAAGAAAUGAAUAUAAAUAUAUAACAUAGGGGCUUCAAACCCCAUGCUAACGUAGAAUGUUAACGAUGUAUGGGUUUGGGUACGAUGAAACGCUUAUUACCUGCAAGCUGUUGAGUAUGAGUGGUAAUAAAGUCUGUUUGAU